UUCCCACAGUAAUAACCAUAACCAACAGGUUACAAUCCUUAAUACAUCCAUGGUUACAAUGUAUGUUUGAGAACAAUGAAUGCAAUAGAAUAGAGUUAAUACGGUUUUAAAUGGCUAAUGUGUCAGAAAAGGACAAACGUUUCGCUUCUGUGGCCCGUAUAGUACACAAAUCUUAUUGUGACAAAAAUUAUGAACGCUUUAAUUGGCCCACACUUCAAUGACUGCCCAUCAUAACUUUACCAUAUUAGACAUAGCCUACAUGCUAUUUGUUAUUUCGGUUAUAUCGGGGAAAGCAUCAACUAGGCUAUGUUGGCCUAUAGUCAUAAUCUCUCUUUGCAUUGUGGUGUUAAAAUCUAUACACCAACUGGGAUCAAACCUUUUUUAUUUUUUAUAAUUUCAUAGUCUAUCUAGUCAUGAACCCAGCUGUUGCUAGCCAGGUAUUCGUGCUACGGGGACUGUCAAAAGGUCGACACCCCGUUUUGAUAUCUUUGCUCCUGGGCUUUAGGCUACGCGGCCCGCACGAAGGAACAGCCAACAGUAGGCUAGUAGCAAGCAGACGUUUUUUUGUGCUUGGGUAAUAUGCAUUAGCGCAGUUUCAUUAUAUUUAUUAUUUCUAAGUGAUGUAGGCGUAGUAGCCUACAAGCUCCAUUUUAGGCUGCCAGGUCCUAUUCCUGUAGGGCUAUUGUGUGGAUGGAUGGAAACCUGUAGGGGGAGGAGGAGGUGACUGCGAAGCGAGCAGAUAAGAGAACUGGCUUAUUGGCUUGCUCCUGCCUGGAGCUCCUAUUUUAUCAGGAACAAGAGGUAUUGCAGUUUGUUUUACAGGCCGAAAAACAACGACAUCGCACCCAGGAGCAUACCGAGAGGACGGUAGCAUGAUAGUCGUGGAGGGGAAUCGGCAGGAAGAGGGCCCGUAUCUGCAUUUUACUUCGCCUGUACCGAAUUCAUUGAGUCGGUAACCAGCGUCCGAAAUGGGGAAGGAGGUAAAUGGUGUUUCGCGGAGCCGGUUUGAGAUGUUCACAAACAGCGAUGAGGCGGCCAUCAAUAAGAAGCUGCCUAAGGAGCUGUUGCUACGAAUCUUCUCCUUUCUGGAUGUGGUGACACUCUGUCGCUGUGCCCAGGUCUCACGGUCCUGGAAUGUUCUGGCCUUGGAUGGCAGCAACUGGCAACGAAUCGACCUCUUUGACUUUCAGAGGGACAUUGAGGGCCGGGUGGUGGAGAACAUCUCAAAGCGAUGUGGGGGGUUUCUUAGGAAGCUGAGCCUGCGGGGUUGCUUGGGUGUGGGUGACAGUGCCCUGAGGACUUUCUCGCAGAACUGCAGGAACAUUGAGCUGCUUAGUCUGAAUGGCUGCACCAAGAUCACUGACAGCACCUGUAAUAGCCUCAGUAAGUUCUGCCCAAAGUUGAAGCACCUGGACCUCGCCUCCUGUACCUCAAUCACCAACCUGUCCCUCAAAGCUCUCAGUGAGGGUUGUCCCCUGCUGGAGCAGCUCAACAUCUCCUGGUGUGAUCAGGUCACCAAGGAUGGCAUCCAGGCCCUGGUGCGUUGCUGUCCUGGACUCAAAGGCCUUUUCCUCAAGGGAUGCACACAGCUCGAGGACGAGGCUCUGAAGCAUAUCGGGGGUCACUGUCCAGAGCUGGUCACACUCAACUUGCAGACAUGCUCACAGAUCACAGAUGAGGGUCUCAUCACAAUUUGCCGGGGUUGUCACCGCCUGCAGUCUCUGUGUGUGUCGGGCUGUGCCAAUAUCACAGACGCCAUCCUGCACGCCCUGGGACAGAACUGCCCUCGCCUCAGAAUAUUAGAAGUGGCUCGCUGCUCUCAGCUUACAGAUGUGGGCUUCACUACAUUAGCAAGGAAUUGUCACGAGCUUGAAAAGAUGGAUUUAGAAGAAUGUGUGCAGAUCACAGAUGGAACACUCAUCCAGCUGUCUAUCCACUGCCCUCGUUUGCAAGUCCUGAGUCUAUCUCACUGUGAGCUGAUCACCGAUGAUGGCAUCAGACACCUCGGCAGCGGCCCCUGUGCUCACGACCGUCUGGAGGUGAUCGAGCUGGACAACUGCCCCCUGAUCACAGACGCCUCGCUGGAGCACCUUAAGAACUGCCAUAGUCUGGAUCGUAUCGAGCUCUAUGACUGCCAGCAGAUCACCCGCGCCGGCAUCAAGAGACUAAGGACCCACCUGCCUAACAUCAAAGUGCAUGCAUACUUUGCUCCCGUCACUCCGCCCCCCUCUGUCGGGGGCAGCCGUCAGAGGUUUUGCCGCUGCUGCGUCCUGCUAUGAUGUAAAGACAACAACCCUCCCCUUUCCUCUCAUGGUGUCCCUUGUCAACGCUCCCUGCAGCCUGGCACUUGACCCCUGACCUGCUGCCCCCCUCCUGGCGCCCUGUCAUAGAGUACGUGCUGGUGUGUCCCCCCUUUUGGAGCUGCAGAGAGAGGGAGAAAGCCAAAACAUGCUACAAGGUCUUCGGUAACGUUCCCAAAAACAUUCCCGAAUCUCUCCACCACACAAAUACAGUACAGACACAACACACUACCAUGCACAGAUUAUCGCUUAAAAGAAUGCCAGAACAUUCCUGGUCUGUGUUCAGUGGACAAACCAGUAUUACAAAGAGGGUUAUGUAAAAAUCAAAUGUGGUCCCCACUUUUAAAGAAUUUAACUUUUCAUCAAAUGGAAGUAAAGAAGAAUCUUCACAUCUAAAACCAUUGUUCUGUAUUUUAGGGGAAGUGAUCCUCUUCUCUUAUUCAGCACUUUGAGACAGAUUACAGUUCUAGCCUCUAAACAGAAUAUUGAAAAGGCUGAAAAUCCCUCUUAACCACUCACACAUAGUUCCCUCUGUGUUGAAGGUCACUUAACAGCUACCUCGAGACGGGAGCUACUUUGUUCUGCUGGCUGUUUAUUUCAAAAAGGAGCAGCGAUGCAGCCAGUAAACUGCAGACACCUCCAACACACAAAAAGCAGGAAGAAAGCCUAGUUUUGGGAUUUAAAAAAACAAAAAACAUACUUGCAGCUAUUUGCACUUACAGUAAAGCAAUGAGACACUUUACAAAGACGACCAUCUCAGAAUUCAAGACUGCGAUUUACUAACACACACAACACAUCUUCAUGCACACACUGAGCUUGCUACACCUGUACCCUCACCUCUCUCUGUGUCUCUGUUACAAUCAGAAGCUUCAAUAUACUGAAGACAAAAAAAGACAAAGUUUAAUAUUUUUCUAAAAAAAAAAAAAAAAAAAAUGGACACCAAUUUAGACUCACAAGUGGGGACUUGAGAAGAUGCCAAAUGUUGCAUGUAACACCUCUAGUUUUUUAAAAUCUAAUUGUAAAUAUAUAUGAGGACUGUGGAGUCCGAGAGUCGAAGCCAGCUAAACGACAGAUGAUGAUAUGAGAUGGGGCAGAGAUUUCGGUCGAUGGGUCUUUCAGAGGGAACUAUGGCGAAGCUCACACAUUUGUUAAGUGUGUUAGAAUAUGUGCUGGAGCUUUGGACAGUCAAAAUGAGCCACCACUUAAUCUGGAGUUUGACAGAAGAACUGAUGCUGGGCUGGGAAAGCUCAUGUCAACAACAGAAAAGUUGAGUUCUGACAGAAUGGAGAAGAAAAAAAAAAAGUCUGACAUUACUACAUGAAUUCAUGCUGUCAGACCAGAACAAUGGAAAGAAAAAGCCAACUGAAAACAAUCAAAGUACGUCUAUUUUCAGUUAGGGAGAUUUCAUUUAGUUGCUCUUGUUUUUGCAUCGGUGACGGUUCUGAUGACGAGGAACUGGUGAACCACACGCAGCAGUGAGAGGACAUCGGAGUGGCAUCAGCGACUCCUCGACUCCUAUGAGGCCUUGCAGGGGACAAAGUGACAGUGUGUUACACCCUGUUACCACCUGUUACCUCCUCCGUCUGUCUGCUACCAGUGACGCUGCCGGAGGUAUACAGCGCAUCAGACCGAUGGAGUCACUGAAAGAGGAAGUCAGCUGAAUCUUGAGCGCGCAAUUCUGGCCUGAUAUGACAGAAUGAUUAAUGGACUUCGGCCCCCCGCCCUAUAAAGUAUUGAAGCCUUUUCUUAUGGAUUAUCUUCUCCUGCACUUGUACCUGCAUUAUUCCGUGUCCUUUUUUUUUUUUUUUUUUUUUUUUUUCUUCCCAUUUCCUUUUUUAUAAAUGUCUUUUACUGCUUUUCUUUGAUUCCCUCUGGAUCUCUACCUUUUCUCUUCUUUUGCAUUUCUGUUUUGGUGUGGUUUGAAUUGCGCCUGCUUCGUGUUUGAAGUCAUGAGUUCAGUUUCUCCAAGUUGAGUUUGAGCCCUCUUCCAGUCCUCAGUUUUGAUCUGAUGGUGUUUGUGUUUUCAUUAAGAGUUUAUUGUUACUAAAUGUCCAGAGUGUAGCCUUUGUCCAAGGGAAGAGUUGACGCCAGUGCAAUUGUAAUAAAUGUUGAAAUUUGAGUUGGAUUUUUUUUUUUUUUUUUUAAAUGCAAGAGUUGAGAAGUUCUGUAUGUAUGUAUGUAUGAUGUAGGUUCUACUUAUUGAAUGUUUCCAUCAAGGAGAAGACCUCGGGAUGGAUGAUCAGGCAUUGUGUGCCACUUUAGCAGAAUCAGAUUUUUCUCCCAUAUGUGGGCUUUCCUCUCUUUUAUUUGUAUGCCUUGCUUUUCCUCCUAUAAUGCACCCUGCUCAACUACAUCAAACAAGACUGUCAUGGGUAAACCCAGUGUGGAAUAUUGACCACUCACAAAUGUCCUCGUUUUGGUUUUAAGAUGCAAGCCAACAGGCAAAACACUGAAUGCUGAUUCUAUUCAGUUUGAGAUUUGACAGCUACGCCAGGCUGGAGAAUACAAACUGAGAUGAAUCCGGUGUAAUCCAGUCUGAUCGGUUUUGUUUGAAUGGGGAUUUAUGGGGGAUUAACUAACAACUAAGAGUCAAAAUGGCAGAUAUAUCUAAUGUACUCUGUCAUUGUGCUCCGGGGUUAAGACCAUUAACUGGAGGUAAAAGGAAAAGUCAUAGGAUUUAGACUAUGAGCCUGGUUGUAACACCUGCUUGCCCUUGUCAUGCACUGGAUAUGUGGCACAGGCUGAGUCAUGAGUGCAGACAACAUGUGCUUUUAAGGCAAAACACUUUGAAUGAUUACAGGUGGUAAUACUCAACCUGCUCCUGAUGGUUUCAUGUGUACAAAAGAAAGCUGUCCUCAGUCUUCAUGGUACAAAAUACUCUACCGGCUCUACAAAGCAAAACACCAGAUUUAUUCUUCCUCAAGAUAUCAAACGCCUCCUUGUCCUUCUGUCAGACCUUCACCAGUUUACACAGAAGUCACGCUACUAUGCUCUGGAUGCGUUUGUUUCAUGUCCUAAUACUGGACUAAGGUUGAGGAUUAGGACAAGUGGUGAAUCUACAGUGUGUUUGUGUUCAUGGUAGAGUGACACCUGAGAAAUUUCAAAAACAAUUUUGACAAUGACUGUAGUUCAUACAAUUACUGUAAAUCUUUUCCUUUUUGUUCUUUUCUUUCAUUUCAUUUUUUUUUUAUUUUAUUUUUUUUUACAAUUAACCGAUUAUAAAUGAAUAUGUACGUAUGAAUAAAUAUAUACCUAUAUUAUUAA